AUUGUAUUAAGGACUACCUUUCACCAUCAUUUGCCCACCGUGGCUUAGUAACAUCAACAAUCAAAUAUAAACCAGAGAAAGUCCUUUCUUAUCCUAUUCCGGAGGAAGACCUUGUUUAUCCUAUGAAUACUGACAUGUGA